AUGAAUGAUCCGUCGUUGCGACCACCAUUGAAUGUGGAUACUUCAUCAAACACAACAACGCGUGUAAAAGCAGCUAUUGUGAUAUUGGUCAGAAAUUCAGAAUUGAAUGAUUUACGGUUUACGAUGCAUCAACUCGAGGAUAGAUGGAACAAAAAAUUUCAUUAUCCUUAUGUGUUUUUGAAUGAUGUGGAAUUUACGGAUGAGUUUAAGGAGUUGACUACUGGAAUUACUGAAUCAGAAACUUCUUAUGGUUUAGUUCCUACAGAAAUGUGGAGUUAUCCAUCAUGGAUAAACCAAACAAAAGCAGACGAGAAUCGCGAGCGAAUGGAAAAAGAUAAUAUCAUCUACGGUGGAUCUUUACCGUAUCGACACAUGUGUCGGUUCAACUCUGGAUUUUUUUUCCGACAUCCACUGUUAGAUGAAUACGAUUGGUAUUGGCGUGUAGAACCAUCUGUGGAAUUCUCAUGCAAUCUCGACUACGAUCCAUUUCUAUUCAUGCAAAAAAAUAAUCUGACCUAUGGAUUCACUAUCUCGCUGUUCGAAUUCAAUAAUACAAUUCCGACACUGUGGCAGACUGUCAAAAGUUUUAUGCGUGAGAAUAAAGAGCUAGUUAAUCCAAAAAACGUCAUGAAUUUUAUUACGGAUGGAACUGAGGAUUAUAAUUUAUGCCAUUUUUGGAGUAAUUUUGAAAUAGGUAACUUGAAUUUCUGGAGAAGCGAACGAUAUAUAAAGUUUUUUGAAUAUCUUGAUCAACAAGGCGGAUUCUUUUACGAGAGAUGGGGAGAUGCACCAGUACAUUCAAUAGCGCUCGCCAUGUUCUUAGAAAAAUCCGAGAUACAUUUUUUCAACGACAUCGCGUACAGACACAAUCCAUACCAACAUUGCCCAGAAGAUAAAGACCGGUAUCAUUACUCGGGGUUAUGUCAUUGUGAUCCGAACGAAAAUUUUGACGAAGAUAUAACUAAAGCCGAAAACCACAAUAACCCUGGCGAAUCGUCAACACAAAGUAAAAAGCCUCGACCGAAUAUUAUACUCGGAAAAGACGGAAAGCCGUGUCGAGCAUGCACAGCAUUCAAAGAUUGGACAAGACAAGAAAGGAAAAAGGACUCUUCAGAAUCUACCACCACCUCGUCGACAUCUUUGUCGUCGUCGACUACAUCAAUACCGUUUUUAGGUGCUGCGAAAAAGCUUCCAAAAGAUUGUCCGGCCGAUUCUGAAACCCUCGGUCGACACACCUGGACGUUUUUACAUACCAUGGCGGCCUAUUAUUCUGAUACUCCGACCACCACACAACAAACGAUGAUGCUAUCGUUUCUUCGCACUUUUUCAUAUGUUUAUCCGUGUUGGUAUUGUGCCGAACAUUUACGUGACGAGAUGUUACGUAAGCCGCCGCGCGUUGAGAAUCGUAACGUGUUGUCGCGUUGGAUGUGUGAAAUGCAUAAUGGGGUGAAUCAACGAUUGGGUAAAAAGAUUUUUGAUUGCUCGAAAGUUGAUGAACGGUGGAGAGAUGGGCCAAAAGAUGGAAGAUGUGAUUGA